AUGUCGAGGGUUUACAUUGGGCGUUUACCUGCAAGGUGUUGCGAGAGGGAUAUUGAGAGGUUCUUCAGGGGAUAUGGGCGUCUUCGUGAUAUUGUGUUGAAAACCGGGUAUGGUUUCGUCGAAUUUGAUGAUGAACGCGAUGCCGAUGAUGCCGUGUAUGACCUCCAUGGCAGAGAGCUCAGGGGUGAGCGCAUUGUUGUUGAACACGCCAGGCUGCCUCCAGGGGCAAGAGGGAGUAGUAGACGUCGGGAAUCCAUUGUUGAGUUUGCAACCUAUAAUGACAUGAAGGCUGCUAUCGAUAAAUAUGACGGAUAUGUACUCUACGAACGGCGCCUGAAAGUGUACGCUGACAAGCCGCGCCAUCGCUCAAGGUCUGGGUCGCGGCGUAGUAGGAGUAGGAGGAGCUCUAGACGCUCCAAGAGCCGAGGGUCCCGACGCAGGGACAGGUCUCGUUCCGACAGUCGACGGCGAUCAUCCUCCAGGCAUUCACGCUCUGAUCGCGAUCGCUCCCGUCGCAGCGAUCACACUCGAUCGGAUGAGUCGCGGAAGUCCGGGUCUAGGUCAAGAUCAAGGUCUCGUCGUUCGGAUCGAUCGACUUCACGUCGCAGUGACCGUCGAUCUGCAGGUCGUCGCAGCUGUUCUGCUAGUAGGAACGGUGAUGGCUCGAUCGCUGGUAAGGCGAGAUCUCGAUCAGCUUCUCGGGACCGUUCCAGAUCGGGCUCGCGUGAACGUUCGCGAUCUCCAUCUCGAUCUGGCUCCGAACGUAGGUCUCGCUCUGGAUCACCGGCUGGACGGUCACGUUCUGCAUCAAAGUCAAGGUCUAGGUCGCGUUCCAUGUCGGAAACUGAGGAAACGCGUCAGGAGGCUGUUGAACAUCACAGCGAGGAUGAGAAGCAGGAGUCCAUGGAAAAUUGA